UAGGGCUUCCUUGGACCUGAUGACAAUCACAGCAGCCCCCUGGAGGAUUUCAUCUCGUGGGCUAUGGAGACACCAGUAAUAUCUUCUGAUCUGUAGAUCAUCAGCUCAUUAUUGGCUGCCACCUCCUUCAUUAGCAGCUCCUGUUUGAGUCCUUUGUGGAUUAUAGAACAUGCAGCCUUGGUUUGGAGGAAGAUUAUCUCUGCUGGAUUUCACCCUGAUAUUUUACCUGUUGAUUGGAUCUUGUCAAAGCUCGAUUGCCCCAUGUCCUUCCAUCUGCACCUGCUCUGGGGACCUGGUGGACUGCAGUCACCAGGGACUGACACAGCUGCCCCCUGACCUCCCACCGUGGACAGUUCAUCUAAACCUGAGCUACAAUAAACUAACAGAGAUCGAUCCGGCCGUCUUCGAGGAGCUGCCGCAUCUACGGGAAGUGCAGUUGAAUCACAACGAACUGACGGCCGUCCCUUCUGUCGGCGCUGCGUCUUCCAAGCUGACUUCCCUUUCGCUACAUCAUAAUAAGAUUCGCGGCAUCGAGCCCGGCCUGAUGAAGCUCUACAUCGCGUUGGAAACAUUAGACUUGAGCUUCAAUGAAAUCACAGAGAUCCGGAGCGGCUGCUUUCCCCCAGGACUAAGAAUAAAGGAGCUCCACCUCGGGAGCAACAAAGUUGGCAUCUUGGAGUCGGGAUCGUUUGACACCUUGGCGCGGUCCCUCCUUACACUUCGUCUGAGCAGAAACAGAAUCUCACAGCUUCCCAUCAAAGGACUCAAACUGCCCAGAUUAACAGUCCUGGAGUUGAAUCGAAACCGUAUUCGUUCCAUCGAAGGUUUGACGUUCCAAGGGUUGGAAAGUUUGGAAGUUCUGAGGCUGCAGAGAAAUAACAUCAGCAAGCUGACCGACGGGGCGUUCUGGGGUCUGUCGAGAAUGCAGAUCCUGCAUCUGGAAUAUAACAACCUUCGAGAAGUGAACAGCGGAUCGCUGUACGGUCUCCUGUCUCUCCAACAGCUUCACCUCGGCAACAAUUCCAUAUCCCACGUCAGCUCUGGGGGAUGGAACUUCUGCCAGAACCUGCAAGAACUAGUUCUGUCGUACAAUAACCUAACCAGACUGGACGAGAGCAGCUUCGCGGAUCUCGGUGUCCUGGACACCCUUCGGCUCGGCCAUAACUCCAUUAAUCACAUUGCGGAAGGUGCCUUUAAAGGCCUCAAAAAUCUUCGUAUUUUGGAGCUGGACCAUAACGAGAUCUCCGGUACAAUAGAGGACACCAAUGGGGCUUUUAUAGGCUUGGAAAGCCUCACCAAGCUAACUCUGUUUGGAAACAAGAUCAAGUCGGUGGCCAAGAAAGCUUUCUCAGGCUUGGGAGCCCUGGAGCACCUAAACCUCGGGGAUAACGCUAUACGCGCCGUGCAGCCCGAGGCCUUUGGGGAGAUGAAGGUCCUCAAAGAACUGGUCAUCAGCAGCGAGAGCCUUUUGUGUGACUGUCAUCUCAAGUGGUUGCCUCAGUGGCUAAUUAGCCGAAAACUGCAGUCCAGAGUGAAAGCCACUUGUGCCCACCCCGAGUCCUUAAAGAAUAAAAGCAUUUUCAGCGUUUCCCUGAGAAGCUUCGUAUGCAACGAUAUCCCUAAACCCCAAAUCAUAGUCCAGCCGGAAAGCACCAUGGCCGUCCUCGGAAAGGACAUCCGUUUCACCUGCUCGGCCACCAGCAGCAGCGACUCCCCGAUGACCUUUUACUGGAUGAAGAACAGCGAGAUCCUUCACAGUUCCGAGACCGAGAACUUCGCCAGCGUGUGGGGGAAGGACAAGGAUUUGAUGGAGCACACCUCGGUUCUGCACCUGAGGAACGCCACGUUCUCCCAAGAGGGCCGUUACCAAUGCAUCAUCUCCAACCACUUCGGGUCCACGUACUCCAACAAAGCCAGACUCACCGUGAACAUUUUGCCAUCAUUUACCAAAACGCCAAGAGAUAUCACAAUACGGACGGGCACUACAGCGAGAUUGGAGUGUGCCGCAGAAGGGUACCCGUCCCCCGAAAUCGCCUGGCAGAAAGAUGGAGGGACGGAUUUCCCCGCGGCGCGAGACCGGCGGAUGCACGUCAUGCCGGACGACGAUGUGUUCUUUAUCAUGGAGGUGAAGAGCGAAGACAUGGGAGUGUACAGCUGCACGGCGCAGAAUUCUGCGGGGUCUGUCUCCGCUAACGCAACCAUAACCAUACUUGAGAUGCCGUUUUUGGUUAAAUCGCUUGAAGAUCACGUGGUUUCCGUGGGCGCCACGUUAGCUUUACAAUGCAAGGCCAGUGGCAGCCCCCCGCCUCGUAUCACCUGGCUGAAAGGGGACGAGCCCCUGGCAAUGACCGAGCGCCACCACUUUACCCCCGGGAACCAGUUACUCGUCAUUCGGGACGUGGUGAAAGAAGAUGCCGGCAGGUACACCUGCGAGAUGUCCAACACGCUGGGCACGGAGCGCGCGUACAGCCGCGUCAGCGUCUAUCCCGCCGCCGGCUGCGUGGCCGAGCAGGGCAAGAUGGAAGGGACCAUGACGUUCGGGAUCAUCACCAUCGCCGUCGUGUGCAGCAUCGUCCUGACCUCGUUGGUGUGGGUCUGCAUCAUCUACCAGACGAGGAAGAAAAGGGUGGAAUACAGCGUCACAAACACAGACGAAACAAUCGUACCCCCCGACGUGCCAAGUUAUUUAUCUUCUCAAGGUAUUUGCUCGAGCGACGGAGUUGGUAACCUCGACGUCGAAGCUUGUAACGUCACAUACAGGCGGCCGCAGAUCUGCUUAGGAUGCAACUCGGAGGCUUGUAAAGCGGCAGACGGCUUAUUCAAUACAGAAAAUACAGGCUACGGAGUGCAGGUUACGUGCACGGACUGUUCCGACGACCGUUCUCUCUACGACAAGGACGCCGACUACUGCCAGCAAGCCCUGGCGUCUUCAGACUAUUCAUAUCAGAAGCCGGCAAACAGCCACAAUUUGUAUGACGACGGCCAUGACACUUCUUGUCAUCAAAUUGCUGGGACAUUUGGUUGGCCAAAGAAGGAUUCCUGCGGCUUGACCCAUCCGAGCAACCACGAAAGAGUCGCAUCAUGCGGGGCAUCACGCCAACAGGAGACAGAAGGUCCCUGCCAAGAACCAUUAUUAAGGUCUUCAGAAACAGGGACAUUUCUCGAGUACCCCGUGACAGACUAUUUCCAACCCCACACGGCCUUGGAACCUUUAAACGAAGACCCCGACAAAAGGACACUUCUAUCCAACGGAUACAUCACGUCGCCGAUAGACGGUGACCAGCAGCGUCAUCACCCGGUGAACGCUGCCCAAUUGCUCUGCGCAAACUGAAAAAAAAACAAA